AUGUCUGCCGCCAGUGAAUCUAAAUACUCCGCUGAGGUCCUUUCCGAGUUGUUGAGCAAGUUGCAAGUUGCCAACGACAAGGAUGAGGCUGCUGCAAACGUUUCGUCGUUUUUGAACUCUUCCAUCAUCGAGCACGAUGUUCCAGUCGAGUUCUUUGAUGACUUGAAGAAGCAAAUCAACGACAAGAAGGCUUCUGUUGCUGAGGCUGCUUUGACUGCCUACGCUCACAUUGCCUCUGCCAACGACUUGUCUCCAUCUGUCGAGCCAUACGUUGUUGCCUUGGCUGGUGAUGUUGCUAGCAAGUCUGGUGACAAGUCCAAGGAGGUUGCUGCUGCUGCCGAUGCUGCUUUGCUCGCCAUUGCCACCGCUAUCACUCCAACUGCCAUCAAGGCUUUGUUGCCUCAGUUGAUGGAGAACUUGUCCACCACCAACAAGUGGACCGAGAAGGUUUCUAUCUUGAAGGCUGUCUCCCAGUUGGUUGACACCGCCAAGGCCCAGAUCGCCUUGAGAAUGCCUGAGUUGAUUCCAUCUUUGUCCGAGGCUAUGUGGGACACUAAGAAGGAGGUCAAGGAGGCUGCUCAUGCCACCAUGACCAAGUCCACCGAGACCAUCGACAACAAGGAUAUCGAGAAGUUUAUUCCAAAGUUGAUUGAGUGUAUUGCUAAGCCAACUGAGGUUCCAGAAACCGUCCACCUUUUGGGUGCCACCACCUUCGUUUCCGAGGUCACCAUGGCUACUUUGUCUAUCAUGGCUCCAUUGUUGUCCAGAGGUUUGGCUGAGCGUGACACUGCCAUCAAGAGAAAGGCUGCUGUCAUUGUUGACAACAUGUGUAAGUUGGUCGAUGACCCUCAGGUUGUUGCUCCUUUCUUGUCCACUUUGUUGCCAGCUUUGAAGGCUAACUUCUCCACCAUUGCUGACCCUGAGGCUCGUGGUGUUACCCAGAGAGCUUUGACCACCUUGAAGAGAGUUGGUGCUGUCAGCGAGGACGAUGUCAUCCCAGAGGUCUCCACCGCUGGUGACAUUGCUGUCACCUUGGGUGUUUUCAAGGACUUGGUUGCUGACCAAAAGAUUGGUGCUAGAUUCGGUGUUGCCGAGAACUACAUUGCCGCUAUUGCCGGUGACUUGAUCGACGAGAGAGACAUCCACCCAGGUUCUUGGACCACCAACCUCUUGCCUUUCGCCACCAUCUUCUUGCACGAGAAGGAGGCUAAGGACAUCAUUGAGGAGUUCAGAAAGAGAGCCAUUGACAACAUCCCAGCUCCUCCAGCUUUUGAGGAUGAGGAGGAUGACGGAGAGGACUUGUGUAACUGUGAGUUCUCUUUGGCUUACGGUGCCAAGAUCUUGUUGAACAAGACCCAGUUCAGAUUGAAGAGAAACAGAAGAUACGGUCUUUGUGGUCCUAACGGUGCUGGUAAGUCCACCUUGAUGAGAGCCAUUGCUAACGGUCAGGUCGAGGGUUUCCCAUCCCAGGAGGAGUGUAGAACUGUCUACGUCGAGCACGACAUUGACGGUACUGAGGCUGAGACCUCCGUUGUUGACUUCGUCAUUGCCGACGGUAUGGUUGGUUUGACCAAGGAGGCUGUUGAGGAGAAGUUGAGAGAGUUCGCUUUCACCGAUGAGAUGAUCAACAUGUCUAUCCACUCCCUUUCUGGUGGUUGGAAGAUGAAGUUGGCUUUGGCCAGAGCUGUGUUGAAGAACGCUGAUAUCUUGUUGUUGGAUGAGCCAACUAACCAUUUGGAUACCGUCAACGUUGCUUGGUUGGUCAACUACUUGAAGACCUGUGGUAUCACCUCUAUCAUCGUUUCCCACGACUCCGGUUUCUUGGACAACGUUGUUGAGUACGUUAUCCACUACGAAGGUUUCAAGUUGAGAAAGUACAAGGGUAACUUGUCUGAGUUCGUCAAGAAGUGCCCAUCCGCUCAGUCUUACUACGAGUUGGGUGCCUCCGAGAUGGAGUUCAAGUUCCCAGAGCCAGGUUUCUUGGAGGGUGUUAAGACCAAGCAGAAGGCUAUUGUUAAGGUCUCUAACAUGACCUUCCAGUACCCAGGUACUUCCAAGCCUCAAAUUCAGAACAUUAACUUCCAGUGUUCGUUGUCUUCUAGAAUUGCCGUCAUUGGUCCUAACGGUGCCGGUAAGUCUACCUUGAUUAACGUCUUGACUGGUGAGUUGUUGCCAACUGAGGGUGAGGUCUACGUCCACGAGAACUGUCGUAUUGCUUACAUUAAGCAGCACGCUUUUGCCCACAUUGAUAACCACUUGGACAAGACUCCAUCUGAGUACAUUCAGUGGAGAUUCCAGACCGGUGAGGACAGAGAGACCAUGGACAGAGCUAACAGACAGAUUAACGAGGACGAUGAGAACGCCAUGAACAAGAUCUUCAAGAUUGAGGGUACCCCAAGAAGAAUUGCUGGUAUUCACGCUAGAAGAAAGUUCAAGAACUCUUACGAGUACGAGUGUUCUUUCACCUUGGGUGAGAACAUUGGUAUGAAGAACGAGAGAUGGGUUCCAAUGAUGUCCGUUGACAACGCUUGGUUGCCAAGAGGUGAGUUGAUUGAGACUCACUCCAAGUUGGUUGCUGAGGUUGACAUGAAGGAAGCUUUGGCUUCCGGUCAGUUCAGACCAUUGACCAGAAAGGAGAUCGAGGACCACUGUUCUAUGUUGGGUUUGGACACCGAGUUGGUUUCCCACUCCAGAAUCAGAGGUUUGUCUGGUGGUCAGAAGGUCAAGUUGGUCUUGGCUGCUUGUACUUGGCAGAGACCUCACUUGAUUGUGUUGGAUGAGCCAACCAACUACUUGGACAGAGACUCUUUGGGAGCUUUGUCUAAGGCCUUGAAGUCUUUCGAGGGUGGUAUCGUCAUCAUUACUCACUCCGCCGAGUUCACCAAGGACUUGACUGAGGAAGUCUGGGCUGUCUUGGACGGUAAGAUGACUCCAUCUGGUCACAACUGGGUCCAGGGUCAGGGUGCUGGUCCAAGACUCUCGUCUAAGGACGACGAUGAGGAGGACAAGUUCGAUGCCAUGGGUAACAAGAUUGCCGGUGCUAAGAAGAAGAAGAAGUUGUCUUCUGCCGAGUUGAGAAAGAAGAAGAAGGAGAGAAUGAAGAAGAAGAAGGAGUUGGGUGACGCUUACGUUUCCUCCGAUGAGGAGUUCUAA